AUGAUGAAGGGCCUUCUCUCGCUGAUAUUUUUGCUGCUCAGCGCCACCACCUCAGUCUCUAGUUGGACCCUAACGUGGACCGACUCGAAAGGCAAAUCGUGGGUCGAGCAAGGUCACAGCUCCGUCGAUUGUAGAAAGAUUGAGCAGGCGGAGAGCGAGGAGUACCGGUGGACCCCAGACGAAGACGGGCUCUCUAUCUGGCUGUUCGAGAACGACAAAUGCGAAGGCUCCCGAGCAGGAUACUCACCACCUUCAGUAUGGCAGCACAUCUCAACUAGAGAUCUACUCUCAUUUCGCGUUGCCUUGGCGGACCAAAACGAGAACCCUACCAGUACCUCCACACCUACGCCGACGCCCACAUCAACCUCUACCCAGUCCGAAUCUACUACAGCGACGCCAUCCGCAACCCCUACAGGCGAACCCCCAGGCGGCUCAUCGGUCAAUUCUGGUGCAGUUGCAGGUGGUGUCGUCGGUGGUGUUGCCGGAGCUGCCGCAAUUGGCGGCCUCUUCUUUUACCUAGGCCGUCGCAAACGCUCGCCCAAAGCCGAUCCUGAGCCUCGAGAAUCCGGUCCAGACAACGCGAACUCUACAUCUAGACCUACUCCAUCACCAUCCGCGCCGCCAUCCGCACCAUCGGUGCCUCCACCUGCUGUGGCAGGGCACCCGCAUUACGAUGCAUCCUCGUACGAAAGAAAACUAGAACUCGACUCGGCGCCGGUAUAUCAGUCAGUUGGCGGGGCCCACCACGAUGAAAUUGCCAAGCACUCAUAUUCGCCCCUUGGGACGUCAAAUACGACCCAUUAUCCACCUGCUCGAUUUAUCUCUGAACUUCCGGGUGAUGCGGGGAUGGUCGAGAUGAGCGAUAGCCAUAGGCUGCAGGAACUGGAAGGCAAUGGGACCAAGAUUGGGUGA